AUGGCUGGCGAGGGAGGCUCUAGCCUCUGGAACAACAGUGCAUUUUCAGGGUCUUAUACGCCUUCUCCUGGACCCUCCUUGGCAAAUAUGACGUCACCCGAGGCAGAUUCAUUCUCACCACCCCCAGCGCAAGUCCCACAGCCUCAAUUCAGCUUGUUUCAGCAGGGUGCAUAUAUGCACGAAAACCAAGCCUUGCGAGAGCGUUGUGGAAUCUUGGAAGCACAGGUCACCAAACUCUCCAUUGAACGUGAUACUAUACAGGCAAUGUUUCACCAGCUCGCCUCUUCUGUGCGCCUUGAUGAAGCUGUGGAGUCUCUCGGCUCCAAAGGCACACACCUAUCACUGGCAGCACCCUGCACCAGUAACACCAAACGUCCGACUCGUGAGACACAUCCCAAGGUCAAAUUUUGGAACCAGGACGCAUUCUUGGAUUGGGCAGAACGAGCUAGCGCGCAAGGGCUUCAUCGCGGGAAAAUUCCUUACCUUGAAGGUGAAAACGGAGAACUGGUCCCUGAAGCAACAGUCAAAGCUAUUCGCAAGACCCUGCGUGGAGGAUGGUCAGAACUUGUAAAUCGCCAGCUUGCUCCGAAGUCGUGGGGCAAGUUGUCGUCGACGGGAAACCAAUUCAUUCAUUCACUCAUGGAAAAAUCGUACCCACUGUUUACUCUCGCUAACAACGGAUGGAAACUAGAUUAUCUGUGCAAGUCGUCUUACUCCGCAUGGCGAAGGAACCACCUUGAUGACAACGGCAACUGGAAAUCAAGGAAGGAUGGCAAUGACGACAGUGAUGACGACAGCGACGAUGGAGACUCCUCGGACGCAAAAGGUAAGAAGCGCAAGAAAGUGAAGCGCUCAAAGUCCGAGGUCCCAGAAAAGAAACUCAAAUUUACUCCGGAUGUGUCGAUUCCCCCUUCUUUGCCUCCAACUCCUUCGAUACCACCAGCAGUACUUCCUUCCCCAGUGCUAUCACCAUCUCUGGAUCUUUUGGACUCGGAGAGUGCAAGCAUUCCCACUACCGACGGCGACACUGCAGAGCCUUCUCAUACCAUCAUCGAAGAGUCUCUGGAGAGUGCGAGUGUCACUCCUACUAUUGUUAUUGCAGAGCCUUCCCAUCCCAUCGAAGAGUCCGAAUCUCCCACUACUCUUCCAAGCCCUAUCACCGUGUCAUCUCAUCCUGCCGGCGAUCCGCUUGAGGAAAAGGAAAAUAUACCACCACCACAGCCACCUACCGCUACACCUGCACCAAUCAAAAUCACUGUAUCCAAUCCCAUCUCGUUGCUCGCGCUGGCUGCCGCUGGCGUGAAAAUUCCUCUGCUGCCUUCCGAUUCUGUACCUAUGCAAGCACCUCCUGUUCCAACCGAAAAAGUGUCUGUCCCAUCCGACGGAGCCAACUCCAACCUCCAGAAAGGCAAAGCAGCCAAGGCAGGAAGCAAGAGCUCGAAAAUGCGCCCGAGCCCUACUAAGAAUGGACGUAAUCUAUGCGCUCUUCGUUGGCUGAAGCAAAUCAAAAUUGGCGGGACGACGGAGGAAUUUUGUGCUUAUUAUGGGGAUCUGACACUAGAGCAACGAAAGGCAAGUGAUAUAAUAUCUUGUAUUUGA